CCAAAGUUUUCUGUGUCCCCUCAUCACAGAAAAGUUGUUAGGAAAACUUCGGGAUUUAUUUAAUUUUUUCGGGUGCGGGUGGGGUCAAUACCAGAACAGAGAGGGAGAAGACUCUUCAACGGUGUGACCGGUCAACUUUCAGGCGCCGAAAAUGUCGGGGCCACCACAGCAGAUGAUAGGUAACCAAGUUGUUCAUGUCCGUGGCGAUUCGGACUCGGACCUGGAAGCCCUGUUCAAGGCUGUGAUGAACCCGAGCGAAUACGCUCAGCUACCACAAGGAGUGCCAUUCAGGCAGAGACAACUUCCCUCAUCUUUUUUCAAAGAGCCAGAACCACAACAAACGAAAGGACAAUCGAGCCGUGAGGGUAGUGUCGAGGGUAGCUACCGCUCCCCGACCGUUCAGUCGCCACCCCCAGGCAGCCUUCCCAUCAACCACCCACGGGCGCACUCUUCCCCAGCUACCUUACAGCAGACGCUUAGAGCGGCAGCCCCUCCGCCCGCACCCCAACACCCCAGACAGAGAAGCUAUGACGGGCUGGUAGACGAUCCACCCCUACCCCCAGGCUGGGAUGUAGCAACGCAUGAAGGACAGAGGUAUUUUUUGAAUCACGUAGAUCAGACAACCACGUGGCAGGACCCCCGCAAGUCCAUCAGUACCUCUGCCCUGAACCAGAACCAGCCGAGCCCCGCCUCUGCCCCUUCCCCGCACUCACCGCAAUCCCCGGGCCUGCAGCCCGUACAGAACCUGGGACCCUUACCACCAGGCUGGGAACAAGCCACCACUCCCAACGAUGAGGUCUACUUCAUCAAUCAUUUGGACCGGACCACAAGCUGGUACGACCCACGACUGUCUGAACACAUGCAACGACCAGUCAUUCGACAAGGCAAUUUACCCGUCGUACAAUUACAAGGUCAAGGCCAGCCUUCACCCGCUGCGAACCAACAGCGGAUGACGCAGGCUGAGCGUCAGCGGCAGAUGCAACUGCGACACGUCCAAAUAGAGAAGGAGAUGUUACGGAAAAGGCAAGAAGAGUUAGCUAGAAAGGGUGUGUGGAGAGGUGAACAACUCCUGCGGCAGCACUUAAUUGAAACACCCGAAGUUCCCAUCUCACAGAGCCAAUCCAGUGAGAUGACAUCUGCUACAGACCCAUUCCUGGGACAAAGCACAAACCCGGAUAAUCACGCUCGCCAGGAGAGCGCAGAUAGUGGACUUGGUGGUAUGGGGACCAGUUAUAGUUUACCAAGAACUCCUGAAGAUUUCCUACGCAACGUGGAUGAAAUGGACACAUCAGAUGGGGGACACACGAGUAAAGUACUUGGAGAUUUUGGCAGUAUGGAUAUCGGCCCAUUGGCAGAUGGAGGAGACACCACGGAUAUGGAUGGAGACAACUUAGUACCCAGUUUACAGGAGGUGAUAAGCAGUGACCUGCUUCACGACGUGCAGAGUGUGCUAAGCACACCCAAGAUGGACAAUCCUAUGACCUGGUUGUGAGGGUACCGAUUGAGCGUGCUCAGUGACCUGGCCCCUGCUGGUGACCUUGACAGGGGUCACCAUCCCAUCAUAUUGCCUCCAUUUAUUCCAUGUUGUUACAAAUUGUACAGAUUACCAUGUAUCGACGUCUGUCGAGUAUGUGUGCGCACAGCAUCAUAUCUCGGUAGUGCGGCCCAACGAACAACACGACUCAUGGUCGCAUCACAGGAGAACAACAACAACAAACAAAGAAACAAACAAAUGAUGUAUUUUUCUAUAUAUUUCGAUAAACAUCAGGGAAAAGCUCAAAAAUAUUUCUGCAAUCUAUCUUUUGUAUACCUACAAGAAAUAUGGCUUUCUUCCACCCCCUUAUCCUAUCUCUUUUCUUUUUUGCUUCUUUUCUUUACUUCCAGUUAGUAAAAGAGAGAUAUUCCAAUGUAGCCCAUUCUCACAAUUGUGUUGAGUCGUAUACCACAAGUAGGACCCUCUGUUGAUCGGAUCAAUAUCUGAUCCAGGAGGCCACUGUACUGUUUUAUUGUUAGGGGAGAUAACUCCUGAGACAAACCACUGCUGUGAUGCCAUCAGUUUUCCUAGUUUGUCUAUAUUUGUAUGCUUUUAUGCUACAUUGUUGUAUUUUGUGGUGCUCGUGUUUGGGUUUAACCGUAUGAAGCAUGGUUAUUUUGUAACAUAGAUUUUAAAAUAUCCACAUA